AUUGAGUAUUUGCCUGGAUAUUGUUCUUUGUUCGUGGCAGUCAAAGGAGAAUUUGAACGCUGCAUACAAACCAUCAGACGAGGAAAUCAGGAAGCCCUUUAUCUUUCGGGAAAAGUCAAAUGCAUGGCGGCUGAACAAACAACAUUGAGUUACUUUGCCAAACGGGUUGACCAGCUGAAGCAAAUAUUACAUGUGAUAGAGUCCAACAACAAGCAGCUAAAUCAUGAAAAAAAGAACAUUCUGGAAAAGCAAGGAAGUCAUCUUCCAGAUGCACAGCAGAAAGUGGUGACAGUGGAGGCAAAUAAGACAGAUACACCUAAAAGACUUCUGCCUGGAUUAAUGAUUGGGGAAUCGAUUGAUGUUGCACAUCUGUACAAACUCAGUUCCAGCUUUGCCCAGCAAUUUAAGGACCUUCAUCAGUCUAAAAAGAAUUGUUACGCAACAAGAGAACAAAAAGAUAAAUUGAAAAUGCAGCUGUCUACUAAGACCAAAGCAAAAGAUCAUGUCACAGAGAAAAAUUUGCAGCUGAAAGCAAGGUGCCGAAAAUUACGCAUUGCAUAUGAUGCUCUCCGAGUGUUCGAAAAGGAUCCUCUCUUAGGACCAACACAAGCAGAGGCAGUAAUUCGUGCACUUACUCGUUCAAACUCAAUGAUGAGCUCCAGAAGUGGGGAUGUCAUAUCUUCUAUAUUUGAUGAUGAUGACCCAAGUAAAGAACGAGAAGCUGAGAUGCUGCUUGAAUAUAUUGAACACUUUAAUGAAUUAUUUGAAGAAGGAAAAUACAAAGAUGCUGCGAUGCAUGCAGCAAGCAGUCCAAAAGGAAUACUGAGGAACUGUGAGACUCUUUCUCGUUUCAGAGCAAUUCAUGCUAGGACUGGCAAAUUACCACCUCUUCUGGUAUAUUGUGAGGCUUUGAUUUCAUCAGUACCGGCUGUUGGUUCACCGCCUGAUGCAGAAACAUCACUGGAGUGUGUUAAGAGUGCCCUUUCCGAAGAUAGGCUUGAUCUUGUGAUGCAUUGGCUCUUGCAAGAAAGGUUGACAUGUUCGGAGCCUCUUGGUCAUCUUCUCUACAACUACACACAAGGAAAAGGUGCAGGAAUUAUUAGUAAAGGUCUUCCUCUGGCCGAAGCUGUAUAUACUUUGGUUGAAGCUCACAUCCAGGCUGCUGUAUGUAUGUGCAAGCAGGGGAAAGUGCAAGCCAUGAUGGAUUAUGCAAUCAACGCAGAAUUUGAGAAAGAUAUGUAUAUGGGUGUUCUUGUAGCCUGCCCAUCAAUUGCACUCGCGGAGGUCCUCAUCCAGCCAAGGGGCCCGCCAGGGAAGCCUACUCUUUCGGUUGGUACUGUAGUAUUUGAACUUCUCCAAACUGAGAACUAUGCAAUUGGAGUGCAGCUUUUGGACAGAGUAUACCGUAGCAUUCAAGCAGAAAAUGAGAAGAUGUACAGGACUGAAGCCAGGGCCUCUAAGAAGCUCAAGACAGAACAGGCGAAGAGCAGGAAAACCACCAGAUAUUCGUCAUGGCCAUCGGAGCAGCGUACUUCGGCGGUUUCGUCAGCGACGGUACCACAGUCGGCAAGGGCAAGGGUUGUGGUCAAGCCGGUCAUUAGAAGUACGAAUGUACAAGCAAGGGCGGAUGCUGCCAAGGCAGUUAAGAUAAGUGAUCUUGUAAAGUUUUCAGAUUUUGAGGUAGAAGACAUAGGUAGGAUAACAAUAUUGUACAGGAUGUACAUUGAUGUCGGAGAGGGUAAGCGUCAACUAACUGGACCUCAUCUAAGGACAUUUCCUUAGAUGAGGUCCAGUUAGUUGAGGGCAGUGAGGUAGUAGGGUCAUGGGACAAAAUACAGUCCCAGAGUAGCUCCACUUGGAGAGAGAUGGAGGCAGUACACAGAGUUCUCAAAAGUAAUGAGAUUUUGUUAAAGAAUGAGAGAGUUAGAUGUUUCAACGAUAACAAAAAUGUUAAACAGGUGCUGAAUAAGUAAGAAGUCCAGCUUACAAAACAUCUCUUUGAAUGUGAACAGAUUUUGUGAAAAGAAUUCUAUAAUUCUCAAACCAGAGUGGAUCCAAAGAAAUAACAACACCAAAGCUGAUUUGUUGAGUAGAACCAGGGACAGCGAUGAUUGUAAAAUACAAUCAAAAAUGGGUGUAUUGAUUAUUUGGUAAAGAAUGGGGACCACAUAGCGUGGAUAGAUUUGCAUCCAAUUUGAAUUAACCAGUGGAAAAGGUUCAACUCUAGAUGGUGGUGUCCGGAAACGGAAGGAAUAGACGCUUUUCGGUCAGAUGUGGGCAAAUUAAGUUAAUUGGUUAGUACCCCCACCCAGGUUAAUUCAGAGAGUAUUGUUGAAGAUGGAGGUGGAAAAAGCGAAAGGUACAUUGAUUGUUCAGAUGUGGGUGUCGGUACCGUUUUGGCCAUUUUAGGUAGCGGAAAGUAAAGAUUUCAAGUCAUUCAUAGAGAAGAGUAUGAUACUGCCACAACAACAGGUGAUCCUUGAAGGUCAAGGUUGUAAUGGCAUAUUUUUAGAUGAACCAUAACAAUUCAAGCUGAUCGCUUUGAAGCUUGUUUUCUGAAUUUCAAGUUUCAUUGUAAUUGCUGGAGGGAAUGUUAAUGCUGAUUUUGAAUUUUUCCAACAGAUAGGAUUGAGGUUAUAACGUCUCAUAGUCAGGUGGCUUAGAUCUAAUUUUCGUCAAG